AUGGGCCAAUCCCCGUCCGGCUGUCAGCUCCACGCAACCUCUCGGCGGUAUCGUUCAUCUCUAAUGGGAUAUCAUCAUGCUACAUAUGGCGAACUUGUAUUGUCUCACCAAAUGGAUGAUGCAGUACUGCAGUGUAUCCAGAUGAUUAGUCCUAAAAUGUCGUAUAAGGAAAAGCAGCCAAUACCCAUAAGGGCCAUCGGCAGAAGGAUAGAACAUCCUGGAAGAACCGGAUCAAACGGCGACCAUGGAGCACAGAGCCAGUCCCAGGGCCGGAACGAGUCAGACUAUUAUUCAGCAGAUAUCUCCCCAUCACGACCUCCUACCUCAUUUCUCUUAAAUGAUAAAUGGGAUUCUCCCGAACACGUUUCGGCUCCAAUAACCAUCCCAGUUUUCCAUAGCUUCCUAUAG